CAGAAGUGCAUCAGUGUGUGUCUUCCUGUAAACACAAUGCUGAAAGUGCCAAGCACCAAAAUGACUUUCAAAGUGAAAAUGAAGAAUGGUUUCUGGUUGCCAGAGUGAUUGACAGGAUGUGCUUCAUCGUCAUGGCGCUACUGUUUAUAUUGGGCACCAUCGGAAUCUUCCUGAUGGGACAUUUCAACCAGGCCCCAUCUCAGCCCUUCCCUGGAGACCCUAAAAAAUACCUGCCUGAAAUCUCAUCUGGAGACAUCACAGGCUGAAUGCAAGUUAAAAACCUCAGACUCAGAGAAACUCCAGCAGAAGUCUAGAGGACUUUGUUGAAGACGAAAACAAACUCUGGAGACGAAAAGCCAUCAGAUUGUUCUAAAAUAUGGCAAGCUCUCUGCAUUUUAAUUUAGUAGUGCUUCAUGUUUACAAAAGUGAUCGAAGGUCUCCAGAGAAGAGAGCUGGCUGGAUCCGAAGUCAUUUGAAACUUGAAUUGGCUUUGAUGAGAUGUGGAUGAAUAUGAAUGUCAUAUUAUUUGCUUGUUAUUGCCUGUCAAUUUCUUUAUCAACUUUAAUUCUGUGUAGUGAUUCAACAGUUGAUGCUUUGCUGAAAAUAAAAACGGUAAAUUUAUACACGUAAAUGAUGAUCUUCUGCAAGAAAUCAAAUGAAUUGUUUCAGGUUAGUCCUCUACCCCCCACUAACUUGAGGAGGAUCUUAAUUACAUGGCUGACUGGUACUUUUCUGUCUGACAAAGAGCAGAUCCGGGAAGGAGAGAGCAGGGCAGGAGGUGGGUGUUCAGUGUAGGAGUAGCAUUACAACUACUAACACAGUGUUUGAAGCUUCUCAGUAAAGGAAACCCUUAUCCCGUCACUUCUGCACCUGCCCAGCAGCCACAAAGACCUCAGGAACUGAAAUGGCCUCCCCAUCUUUGACCACUCAGCCUCUUCCUUUUGGUCUGGAAAGGGAGAAACAUAUUGACAUGCUCUUCAGAGCUUUCCACAGGCAGAUUAGACCUACUACAGACACGCAGGACCUCACUCCUGUGCUCCGGGAUACUGGCAGGACAAGAAGACAGAACGGAGGACCUGGAUGGAAAGAGACAGACAAUGACAGUAAAAGACUGGGAAAACUGUCUGUUCUGAGAACAGUCACAAGACUUCAUAUUACUGCCAGACCAGAACUGCAAGGUCCACAGUGUGUAGCCCGGAGAACAUACAGCAUCUCCACUGAAACCGGGGACCAGCUCUUUGUGGCUGUGGAAGAGAGCGCAUGCAUGUGUAUGCAAUGCUGCGGUCCAGCUCGAGCCUGUUCACUACAAGGCUUUGAUAAGGAUGCAGAGUGUGUUUUCCUCUUUGAGAGGCCCCUGAGAGCAGAGAUGUGCUGGCUCGGCUGCUGCCUGAUGGAAAUGAGGGCCUACACACCACAGAGAGAGCUCAUUGGGACAGUUCACCAAAGGUGGAGCAUGUUCACGCCGUAUUUCGAGGUCUGUGACUCCGAGGGCAUCUCAGCCGUGAGAAUCCAGGGCUCCUGUUGCAAUACACGCUGCCUCUCUGAGCAGGAGCUGAAGGUGGUUUCCAGUAUUGGUGAGAAUAUCGGGUGCAUAUGGAAAAGGUGGCCUGGAUAUAAUGAGGAAUGUAACAUGGACCAUGAAUAUUUUGGACUGGAUGUACCUCAAGGAAUGAAUUUGAACACCAAAGUGCUGUUAAUUGCUGCUGCCUUCCUGCUGAAUCAUAUGUUUUUUGAGAUGAGCUAAGAAGGACAUGAAAGACAUCAGCUCAGAAGUGAAGUGUGAACCCAACAAUAUAGAACUCUGGUGACAAGAUGGAACACUGCAUCAUGUUUCUAUGACAACUACAAGGAACCGGCAUCGGUGAUGCUCUUCUGAGAUAACUACAUUUGAGCUGUUGUGAAGAUCAUGACUCUUCAUACAAAGCCACUCUACACCUGAACAUUUGCACACUAAAUUGAAGUACACAUUAAACCUACACAGCUUUUUCAUAUUUGAUACACAAAUUAA